CUGCGAGUCUCGUCCUGAUCGCCAAACGAGGAUUAUUUAAUGAGCCUGGCGACAGUUCCUGAACGUGAUGUCUUCGCAGUGUGAGCCAAGCUGCGGCAGGCAUCCACGCCUUGCAUCCCCAAACAAAAAUCCCUUUCCCACCAAACUGUGAUUAACCUGCCAUCUGACCUUUAAGUCGCAUCAAUCUCCGUGCCAAACCCUUCUUUUUCAUCCCCUAUCUUCAUCCCGAACAUCACAGGAAUUUAAUUACUUUCUUUGUUGCGCGCUUGCUGCCUGCACCGUUUGCCCGACCACAGGUGGCGCAAGACUCUGGACGAACGUUAGCGGUCUCGGAAGCAAUCGCGAAACCGUAAAACCGGACUAACCUCGCACCCAACGAGCCUCGAUCUGGGGCAUUCCCGUCCCCUCUCCCCCGUCGUCAUGGCUGCAACACCCAACUCGGUGGCUCUGAUGUCUGACAUCGAACCGCCCAGCUCGCCAAUUCACAUGGACAAGUCUUUCAUGACAGCCGUCACUGAGGACGACGACACGAGGAUGAGGGCGACACCUGAGCCUUCCGAGAGACAGCCUCGCGGCAAGAAGCGCGGCCGCGACGAUGCAGGCGGCACAACCGGCAACCCGAUCGGCAAGAUCAGGCAUCUCAAAAAAGAAGACGGCGAGCCCCUUUGGCGCAAGGAUAUCCAAUUCGACUUCCUCAGGGCCGUCUUCGACAAUGACCAAAAGGUCUUCACCAACAGCUACGAAAAGGACCGCCUGGGCAAGCAGUGCUUCGCCGACCUGUACAUCGACACCAUGUCGAGGAGUAGUAAGACGAGCAAGGUCCUUCGAGACAAGCUGCUUAGCGAUCGAGAGGCGGCGAAAGGGAUGGCAAUGGUCUGCCUCCUGGUCAACAUUGGCCGCAUGAACACCACGCUCAAUUUCUUCCCAGAAAUGCGGGCCCAACUUCGCACCUAUCACGCUAUACCCUGCCUGCAAGCUCGUCAAGACCCCCAUGCCUACAAGCAAUUACAAGACGCUCCGAGAUUGAAGUCCAUUUUGAAGGGCGGCUCCGAUGACCGGCCAGAGCCCGCCACGCUCGACGAAGUCAAAAGCCUGGACGUCCCACGGACGAAUCCCGUCAACCUGCUCUUCCUUAUCUGCCAAUCGGCCGCCAAAAUCGCCGAAUUGCAUUUCCCUCCUGGUCAUGAGUUCCACGACCUCAUCAUGAAGACGAACUUCAGCAGUGAGAGCCGUGCCCGUGCCUUUCUCUGGCUCAUGUGGUUCUAUCUCGAGUCCGAUUUUACGGAAGAGGGCUGCGAAGAGAACCCUUUCGGGCCCGGUGUCGACUACGGCGUGGACGUCGCUAAUCAGGGCGUCCCUCGCUUGCAGUUAUUGACCGAAGAGGAAGAGGAACAGGAGAACGUCGACACCCAAGAGGAGAUUGACUUUGGUUUCGCCAAGCAGAAGAUGCGUGCCAAAAUCAUCGAGGCGGACCAGCAGUUCAUGGCCGAGAGCCAGACCAAGAAAGGCGGCCGCAACCGGGCAUUCCCAGCAGGCGAUGAGAUCGGCCCAACGACAGGAAUUCUCCCGCGGAUCCGCCCCUCCAAGCACGACAGCGACCUUGACAGCGUGAGGUCGACGCCACCACCUCGUGCCCUUGGGCGGCAGAGCAGCCUUUUCGGAAGCAUAGCUCGCCGGGGGCCGCACUCGCUAAAAUACCAAGUCUUUGAUGGUUCCUCUCCCGGCGCCGACAGGAUGGUCGAGGGCGUCGUGACACGGAAGCCCCGCCCGCCGACGGCCCACCAAAUCGCCGUCGAACGCAAUCGUACACAGCGGGUCGAGUACAUUCUUGACCGCGGCAUUCGCCGGAGCCACCACCGUUCGCGCAAGCUUCGGCGUGGCGACGGCUCCAUCGUCCGCGCCCUACCACGACUCGCGCAUAUUCAGGACCCCUUCGACGACAGUGACGAGGACGAGGUGGUGGCGCACGGCAAGCAUGUCCCCGUCGCCGGUGGGGACAACAAGCGCAUGCGCGAGAGAGGGUACGGCGGCCUCGCCCAGCUCAGGGACGAGCCCGACGACUUCGGCGAGCAGGCCAGCGCGUACGCCGCGGCUUUCCGCCGCGUUGCGCGCCGGCUGGAUCGCUGGGAGCACCACGACAAUCCCGAGACGCUGGGCGUUAUCCGCCCGAUCAAGCGACCCAAAGUCAACGGCGCUCCGCAUGCCGACGAGGACGAAGAGGGUGACUUGGACGGCGAGCGCUCGCCUUCUAAGGACUUGGUAGACCCGGCCGAGACGGAGGACGAGACCGAUGUCAUGAUACAUCACGUGCGCCGUGCGGAUAGCAGCGGCCAGCUAGCGCGCGAGCAGACGAACGGCGUGCGCCAUGAAGCUGACACGAACGGUGACAUGCCCAUGGACGAUGCGGAUGAUUUGGAUGAGGUGGAUAAGGAGUUACUUGGCCUGGGGGGUGACGAUGUUGAUGACGGUGAGGGCGACGGUGACGGUGACGAAGAGCUGGAUGACGUUGACAAGACGUUGCUGGGUAUGGAUGGUGACUCGGACUCGGAUUGAAGAUGCCCCCGACAAGUCAUGAGUUUCGGGACCUGGGUCAAGUUGGCACAGAUGAGCAGCAAGGAGGGUUCCAGGUGGAGGGUUCCAGGUGGAUAUUGCUUCCGCGCGUUUCACAUUGUGGAGUAGACCGCAUUAGAUGAGGCAUUUGUCACGGUGUAGUGUACUGGUCCAAGGAACGCAAAGAGGAUAAUUAGAGGAUGGAGUUUGGGAGAUGUUGUGGGAAUUCAACAUCGAGUGGGUUCGACCACUCUUUCAGGGACGGGAGCAACAUGCAAGCGUGGAAUGGU